AUGGAGAUACAGCAUAACCCUGACCCUGUGGACAUCAUGAGGCAAUCUGUGGUCAAUGUCCUGGUUAUAAAACAGAGGUGUGGAGACGGCAGGGCGGCUGUGGCUGCAGAGGAGGCUGUGGUCAGAGGAGGCUGUGGUCAGAGGAGGCUGUGGCCGCAGAAAAGGCUGUGGUCAGAGGAGGCUGUGGUCAGAGGAGUCUGUGGCUGCAGAGGAGGCUGUGGUCAGAGGAGACUGUGGCUGCAGGAGGCUGUGGCCGCAGAGGAGGCUGUGGUCAGAGGAGGCUGUGGCUGCAGGAGGCUGUGGUCAGAGGAGUCUGUAGUCAGAGGAGGCUGUGGCUGCAGAGGAGGCUGUGGUCAGAGGAGUCUGUGGUCAGAAGAGGCUGUGGCUGCAGGAGGCUGUGGUCAGAGGAGGCUGUGGUCAGAGGAGGCUGUGGCUGCAGAGGAGGCUGUGGCUGCAGAGGAGGCUGUGGUCAGAGGAGGCUGUGGCUGCAGAGGAGGCUGUGGUCAGAGGAGUCUGUGGUCAGAGGAGGCUGUGGCUGCAGGAGGCUGUGGUCAGAGGAGGCUGUGGUCAGAGGAGGCUGUGGCUGCAGAGGAGGCUGUGGUCAGAGGAGGCUGUGGCUGCAGGAGGCUGUGGCCGCAGAGAAGGCUGUGGUCAGAGGAGGCUGUGGUCAGAGGAGGCUGUGGCUGCAGGAGGCUGUGGCCGCAGAGGAGGCUGUGGUCAGAGGAGGCUGUGGCUGCAGGAGGCUGUGGCCGCAGAGGAGGCUGUGGCCGCAGAGGAGGCUGUGGCCGCAGAGGAGGCUGUGGCUGCAGGAGGCUGUGGUCAGAGGAGGCUGUGGCUGCAGAGGAGGCUGUGGUUGCAGAGGAGGCUGUGGCUGCAGAGGAGGUUGUGGUUGCAGAGGAGGCUGUGGCCGCAGAGGAGGCUGUGGUCAGAGGAGGCUGUGGCUGCAGGAGGCUGUGGUCAGAGGAGUCUGUAGCUGCAGAGGAGGCUGUGGCUGCAGGAGGCUGUGGUCAGAGGAGUCUGUGGCUGCAGGAGGCUGUGGUCAGAGGAGUCUGUGGCUGCAGAGGAGGCUGUGGCUGCAGGAGGCUGUGGUCAGAGGAGUCUGUGGCUGCAGGAGGCUGUGGUCAGAGGAGUCUGUGGCUGCAGAGGAGGCUGUGGCUGCAGGAGGCUGUGGUCAGAGGAGGCUGUGGCUGCAGGAGGCUGUGGUCAGAGGAGUCUGUGGCUGCAGAGGAGGCUGUGGAGGCUGUGGCCGCAGAGGAGGCUGUGGUCAGAGGAGGCUGUGGUCAGAGGAGGCUGUGGCUGCAGGAGGCUGUGGCCGCAGAGGAGGCUGUGGCUGCAGAGGAGGCUGUGGCUGCAGAGGAGGCUGUGGCUGCAGAGGAGGCUGUGGCUGCAGGAGGCUGUGGUCAGUGUCAAGGAGGAAAAUUGGAUUUAAAACCUCUACAGUCACAGGACUGA